AUACGUAGGGAAUGCUGGAAAAGUAUUCAAAUCUUUGAACCCAACAUUUUACCACAUAGCAGGCACAGUGUGUACCUGUAUUCAUAUCCCCUUAGCCUUUCUUAAGGGAAAGUAAGGUAGUUCAUGAAAUGUGUACAUAUGUUGAUUUUUACGGCGUGUUGGGUACAUUGCAAUGCUAGAAGAAAUGUAUUAGAUUAAGUGACUUGGGAAUAUGUGACAAAAGGAAUGGUUAUAGAGCGAAUAAAAUCAUCUUUCAUACUUUGUACAUUUCUGCGAGUAAAAUCUUUAAUUCUUCGUACAUUUCCGGGUUACAAGAUAUUAUCUCACGGAUGUUUCCGCAAGUAUAAUUCAAGGACGUUUGGAAUGGAUCAGAAGAAUGAAAAAGAGAAAGAAUGUCUUGACAGUGAGAAGAAAGUCAUCAUUGAAGGCAAGGCCGAGUUGCUGCUCUCUAUUUCCAGAGAUGUGUUUUACAACCCUGUCCAGGAAUUCAAUAGGGAUUUAAGUAUUGCAGUUCUGACGUUGUGUGCUGAGGACCAUCAUCAGAAAGUGUGGGAGAGGAAAGUGAAGGAAAACGAGAAAGUACACAAAAAUGGUUCUGAGGACAUUCCGGUAGAGGAGCUGACAGCAGGCAGAAAGUAUGAGGAAGGUCUGACAAUUUUGGAGGCAUUAUCGGCGUCUGGUCUCCGAAGCAUCAGAUAUGCCAAAGAAGUGCCAGGAGUGAGGGAAGUUAUAGCCAAUGAUAUCUCAGCAAAAGCAGUGUCUAGUAUUCGAGGCAACGUUGUGCACAAUGGGGUGGAGCACCUUGUCACAACUAGCCAUGAGGAUGCUGUCAUUCUGAUGUACAAGCACAGGCAACCCAGUGAGAGAGUCAGCGCCGUGGAUCUCGAUCCGUAUGGAUGUCCAUCCCCCUUUCUAGAUGCAGCUGUGCAGUGUGUCAGUGACGGGGGUGUUCUGCUAGUGACGUGUACUGACAUGGCUGUGCUGGCAGGAAAUUGCCCUGAAACAUGCUACUCCAAAUAUGGAGCCAUAUCUUUGCAUAUCAAGUCAUGUCAUGAGAUGGCACUGAGGAUAGUGUUGCAGUGCAUAGAGUCGCAUGCUAACCGGUAUGGUCGCUACAUUGUCCCACUGCUCUCUAUCAGCGCAGACUUCUAUGUCCGUGUGUUUGUAAGGAUCUUCAGUGGGCCAGCCAUAUGCAAGAAGACGACAAGCAAAUUGGCGCUUGUGUUCCAAUGUACAGGUUGUGAGACCCUCUCUCUACAGCCUCUUGGAGUAUCCCAUCAGUACGGGGACAAGCCACACCAGUUUAAAUUCACAUUGCCACAUGGCCCCCCAGUUGGAGCUUUGUGUCAUCACUGCAGACAUAAGCACCAUAUGGGAGGGCCCAUCUGGAUUGGACCUCUGCAUGAUGAGAUGUUUGUGUCACGACUGGAGCAGUUGGCCGCAACAGGCGAGUUUGGCACAGCACGCAGAAUGCAAGGUGUGUUGGCCAUGGUUCGAGAAGAGCUUCCAGAUGUCCCGCUGUAUUACACGUUGGAUAGACUCUGCUCUGUCAUUCAUGCUGAGUCAAUUCCCAUGAUGCAGUUUCGAUCUGCGCUGAUGAAUGGUGGUUACCGUGUGUCGCUCUCACAUGCCAACCGCAUGUCUGUCAAGACAGAUGCCCCAGCCAGUUUUGUGUGGGACAUAAUGAGACACUGGGUUAAGCUGCACCCUAUUCGGAAGUGCCGUCUUCAGGGUGUGGCAGCCAUUCUCCUGUCCCAGGAACCCACUAAUGAGAUCAACAUGGAAGUGCGGUCUGAUGCAAAUCCUGAGUCUCGCGAGAAGGGUCUGGCACGUUUCCAGGAGAACCCCCAGCGGUUCUGGGGCCCUGGCAUGAGAGCCAGAAGCAACAUUCAAGGAGAAGACAAAAUGGAGAAGAGCAGGAAGAAUCAGGGGAAGAGGAACAGAUCAGAGGCAGGAAGUCCAGUGAAGGACGGCUGUACAAAACAGAUGAAGGGAGAAGAGGAACAGUGGUGCACCUAGGUACACAAGCUUUGUUGGAUUUUGUUUCUCAUGGUGGUGACUGUGAAGAGUACCAUCUUCUGGGGUGGUGAGAGGUUUGCCAUUGAAGAACACAGUGUACUUGAUCUUAAAGUAAAGGAUUAACUAUGUAUUGCUCAUGGGACAUUGCCCAUUGAGGAUAUUCUGUGUGGGGUGCUGAAGGCAUUAGAUGCUGUGCUUAGGAAGGCUGCUGAGGAGGUCUGGCAGGAUCCUGAAAUAUUCUUCAAGUGCAGCCAUUUUGGUACAUCCAAGAAGAUAAUGCUGUUCACUUGUAUGUUGUUUCGUGAAAGUGUGAAGACUACACCACUCGAAUGAAAGUAGAAGAACGAUUCAUUGGAUUUUGUGCUCUCAUGGCUGUGACUAUGAAGAAUGUGGCCUUCUGGGUUGUGACGCUGUGUAGUUCAGAGACAGCCCAAUGUUUUGGAGG